AUGGAAGCCAUGACAAAAAUGGGCUUCUUCAUCAGAAAUCUUCAUCGUCAAUUAGAAGAACUUCAUAAGAAACAGUUGGAUAAUUAUAUGACAAAAUUUAUUGUUUAUCGUGGUCAAGGGCUCACCGUACAAGACUUUCAACAUCUAUUCGACGCGAAAGGUGGACUUCUUUCAUUUAACAAUUUUUUGUCGACUAGUAAGAAGUUGUUCAUAAAUCGUGUUAUCCAUUAAAGAUGAAAAUUCUUUUCAUUUUUUUUUCUUACAGAAUCUCCUUCGUCUGUCACAUCUAUCUGUUCUAGAAAACAUUCUCAGAAGCAUACAAGAGAUUGAAUUAACUGUCAUCAACAACAAAACUUAGGGUUUCAAUUGAGAGAUAUCGUUCUUUUGUAAGGUACAUUGAUGGACUGAAACAAAUGAAUACUUUAGUUGUUUUGAUUUUUUAUUAUGAAGUUGUUUACUACUGCGAGAGUUUCAGACAGUAUAUCCCUCAGUAAAAAUUUCUCAGCAUAUUUUAAUUUCAUUAAAUAGAAAUAGAUUGACAUGUAGAAGGAAAAUGAAGUCAUGAAACAAUUCAUAUGAGUUUGAGCGUACCU